CCAAGACGGUCGAGAGGCCGAAUCUGUUAGAGUGACGUUUUAACACCACCAGCUCUGAUUGGUCUAAACGUUAAGCGCUCGUUUAACAGAUUCUCUAUAGCUCAUUGGCGAAGACCUCGCGCCAAUUUCAUCAGUUAAAUACUCUUCUCUGAUUGGACCGUGUUUUAUCUUCGCGUAGCUCCGUGUAUAAAUACCGCCUGCUGACUGGUCGCGACUUUAGCUUUCAGCGUUUAACUGAACGAAGAGAAUCAAACAUGAGCGGCAGAGGAAAGACCGGUGGAAAGGCGAGGGCCAAGGCCAAGACCCGAUCCUCCCGUGCCGGGCUCCAGUUUCCUGUGGGCCGUGUUCACAGACUCCUCCGCAAGGGCAACUAUGCCGAGCGUGUCGGUGCCGGAGCCCCGGUCUAUCUGGCGGCUGUGUUGGAGUAUCUGACCGCUGAGAUUCUGGAGCUGGCUGGAAACGCGGCCCGGGACAACAAGAAGACCCGCAUCAUCCCCCGUCACCUGCAGCUGGCCGUCCGCAACGACGAGGAGCUCAACAAGCUGCUGGGCGGAGUGACCAUCGCUCAGGGCGGCGUGCUGCCCAACAUCCAGGCGGUCCUGCUGCCCAAGAAGACCGACAAGCCCGCCAAGAAGUAGAUCCACAUACAGCCUUCAGCCCAACACAACAAAGGCUCUUUUAAGAGCCACACUAA